AUGCGGGCAGGAGAGUUUGACUUCUGGGUUCCUCCCUGUCUCAUUUUGGGCCGCUGUCUUUUUCUUCACUUCCCCCCACCUCACCCACCACCUCUGGUGUCCUGUCGUUGCCAGCAGUCCGCAUAUGAGGGCCAAGAACCCCGUGACAAAGCGGCUAACAAGGAGGACAAAACAAAGGAAGAUCCGGACAAUCCCCCAGAGGGAGAAGGCAAAGGCAAGGAGGAGACCCCGAGACCACAGUGCACAGAUUUGCUUGAUUUUCGAUGGCUGCAGGAAAAGGAAGAAGAAGAGGGGUCUCUCCAAGAGCAACCCAGCAUCACCACAGAGGAUAAUAUCAGCCAAGGGCCACCCGACAUUAAUUCACCUGGCGACAACAAAGAACACCUGGAGCCAAGUGUGGAAAAGGUCCUCCCUUCUGACACUACCAAGUCGCACCAACCAGAAAGUGCUGCAACGGAUCACGAGGCUUACUACUUGGCCGAUGACGAGGAAACGCUCCUGAGCGACUCCUGCGCCUCCACGGGCUACUUCCCCUGCUACCGGACCUACGAGGAGUUCCCCCGCUACCAACCCCCCGGGCGCCCUGAGGACAGAGAGAGUGGGGCCCCCCGACCAGUCAGGAAGAGGAUCCCCCCCACAAAGGGACCCCACCACAGCCCUCCAUCGCCUCUGCCGGCGGCCAGUGUGAGCAGGAAGUGCCCCCAAAAGAGGAAGAACCGAGGGGCCCCAGAGAAGGAGCAGGCCGCAGAAGGGGGGCCGAAGCCGCGGCUACAGGAACAGCGCUCCCUGCCCCCCAACCCAGAGGCGGAGGGGAAGCAGGUCAGCCUAGAGACGGAAAGAGGGAAAAGGAGUCCCCAGCAGGGGCCUUCUGCUGGGAGUCGCACCUCAGCCAAGGAGACUCACGACACCCCGCCAGAGCCCCGCACAACCCCCUCACGACUCAGCCUCCGUUCCCUCGUCUGCUGGGUCCGUAAAAUCUUCAGGAAAGCGCCAUCGCCACAGCCUCCACCACAACCCAGCACCAGCAGUGGGGCGCAAGUGGGGAGGCCACUGGCCAGGCGGCUGGGGCGGUGGAUUGCCCAGUACCGCAGUCGGAUACACCCCCAGUCAAUGUGACUCUGGCGCACCCUGCUUUGGAGAGGAUUCAGACCUUGGGGGCCUGGUUGGGGCGUGGUGCAGGGUAUUUUGCAGAAGCCAAUCGUUUCUAUUAAAA